UCCAUUUUUUAAAAAAUCACACAUCAAUGAAGGUUGUGACUUCUGUUUUAAAUUAAUAUAUAAGAUUUUUCCGUGCAAGAGUAUAAAUAUUUGUAAAGUGAUUAUAAUAAUUGAUUAAUAUUUUAUUUUUGUGUUUAAAUUAUUUGAUAAUUUCUAUGUAUAAUUUAAAUUAAUAGUAUUAUAUUAUUUUAAUUAGACAUGUCAUUUUGGAUAUGUAAUAUCUAGUCGGUAUGGUUAUCAUUUGUGUAUAUUGAAUUUCAUUUACUUCUUUGAAUUUAACUUAAUUUUUUUUUAUUCUAAAUAGAUUAAAAUUUUGAUUACUUUUUAUCUGCAUUUAUAUUUGUUUUUUCACAGAUAUGUAAACAUAUUUUAGGAAGUUUAUGUAUAAAAAAAAUAUUGUUCUGAGAGUGAAACAGAAAAAAAUAAACUAAAGUGCUCAAUUCAAAAUUACAUAAAUGAAUAUAAGAUAGUAUUUUGUAAUCUCAUGCAUAUAUAAAUUUUACAAAAUAACUAAAUUGUAAUAGCUGAUUAAUAUUUUAUUUUGAUUUAUUAAAUUUUAGUAUGAUCUUUGAUUUUGGAUAUAAUAAAUUGGAUUAGUUGAAUUACUCAUUUUGUGAAUAUAUCAAAUUACAUAUAUUCUAUUAACUUCAGAUUGUAGUAUUCUUAUUUUUUUCUUAUAAGAAAGCCAAAUCUUUUUUGUCCAGCUGAUUAUAAUAGAAAUUAAGAAAACUAACGGCUUCAGGCCCAACAGUCUAGCCCACUGGGGCAAAUUGGUGACCCGUCAGGGUUUGUUUAGCCAAACAAUCGGCUUGAACAUUUUCUAAUCUAGGGAGGAAACAGAAAGAGAUAUCGACAAAAACAGUUAAGAUUUGCCGUAUAUCCUUUAUGAUUCCGUAAAUCUCUUUGAUCUGUAUGUCGUUUUUCAUUGCUCUGAUGAGCGUUUGAUUGUCAGAAAGCAUCUUGAUCUUUGGGAGAUCAAGAUUCACUACUGUGAUGAUUCCAAGUCGGAGAGCUAGGGCUUCUGCGAUGAGCGGUGAUACGACGAACUCCUGGGUGGUUGAUCCUUGUUUUUUUAUGUUGUUUUGCGCUUCCGAAAUAAUCCAAGCUAGUCCCGCCUUGUUCGAUGAUUUGUCCCAUGUCGCGUCUGAUCUACAAAUCGGGGUUUGAGGAUCUGCAUGUUGACCUGCCUUGUGUAGAACGCUUCCAGCUAUUUCCUCAUAUGAGAUAUGUCGAUCUUCGAAGAGCAGCGUAUUUCUCUCUGUCCAUAGAGACACCAGCAUAUCCACGGGAGUAUGGGUCCUGUUAUGCCAUAGGGAGGAAGACAGAUGCUCUUCCUGAAGGCACCCAUAGCGUUUUUGAAGUCCAUUGUUGUAGCUAUGUCAACUACUUUUUGAAGAGGUUCUCUCGAGGCAGGGCUCUUUGGACGAUGGACCAGGUGAACACUUUCAUCUUCGGGGAGCAGUGGCUGGACCAGAUGUCUUUCACCCAGCAGUGGCUGGACCAGAAAGCCAAAUCUAAUUUUUGAUUUAUCUAAGUAUACUUUUGUAAUAUUAUUAGUAAUUUUUUUUUUAAAUAAUAAAAAGCAAGGAUUGAUAGGAAAUUGCAUAGAUGAACAAAAUUGAUUAUUUCUUUUCUUAAAGUUAUGUUAUAAGGGGAAGGUUAUUUCUUUUCUUAAUAUCAAAAUUAUUUUUGUGAACUUUUUUUUUUAUGAAAACACAUCAUAUAUAAAUAUAUUUUCGUUUUUAAACGUCAUAAAUGUUUCCUUUUUACUAUGUAUGUUUUUAGUAAAAAAUAAAAAGGAAACUAAACUUAAAAUAUACUAAAAUAAAUUACUAAAUAAAAAAUGAGUAAUAGUAUUUAAAUGUAAAAUCUUUAAUUCAUUAAGGGUACCUCAUGUAGAUCCUAAAUAUACACUAAGUAUUUGAUAGUGAUCGGGAGUUUGAUCUAGGGAAGAUAAAAUGAUAUAG